CAAAUCAAAGGCUGGGAGGCAAAACAGCUCCCUGAGCUCUGAAAGUCUUCCCCUCCUUCCUUCCCUCCCAUCUACUCACCCAUUCUCCCUCCCUUGCCUGUUCACAGUCCAGCCUCUGUCUAGGGAAGAGGCUCUCAAGCAGCCUUAGAUGAUUAUGGAUUUUCUGAGUGAGAAGUUUGCCCUGAAGAGUCAGCCGAGCAAGAACAGUGACUUUUAUAUGGGAGCAGGAGGCACUUUGGAGCACGUUAUGGAAACUUUGGACAAUGAGUCCUUUUAUAGCAAAACAUCAGGCAGCAAAUGCGUGCAGGCCUUCAAUCCUUUGCAAAGAGCUGAGCAUCAUGUGAGGCUGGAGAGGACAUCACCCUGCCAGGACAAUAACGUGAAUUACGGGAUUACUAAAGUGGAAGGACAGCCUCUUCACACAGAGCUGAGCAGGCCCAUGGACAAUUGCAACAAUCUCAGGAUGUCUCCGGUGAAAGGGAUGCAGGAGAAGGGGGAACUGGAGGAACUAGGUGAUAAGUGCGACAGCAACGUCUCCAGCAGUAAGAAGAGGAGACACAGAACAACUUUCACCAGUUUGCAGCUGGAGGAACUGGAGAAAGUCUUCCAGAAAACUCACUACCCUGAUGUCUACGUAAGAGAGCAGCUAGCUCUGAGAACAGAGCUCACCGAGGCCAGAGUCCAGGUUUGGUUCCAGAAUCGAAGAGCAAAAUGGAGAAAGAGAGAACGCUAUGGUCAGAUCCAGCAAGCUAAAAGCCAUUUUGCUGCCACCUACGAUAUAUCUGUUCUUCCAAGGACUGACAGCUACCCUCAGAUUCAGAACAAUCUGUGGGCAGGGAAUGCAGCCGGUGGCUCUGUGGUUACUUCCUGCAUGCUGCCACGAGAUACAUCCUCCUGUAUGACACCUUAUUCCCAUUCACCUCGGACAGAUUCUGGCUACACAGGCUUUUCAAACCACCAGAAUCAGUUCAGCCACGUGCCCCUUAAUAAUUUUUUCACUGACUCUUUACUUUCUGGAGCAACUAAUGGACACGCUUUUGAAACCAAGCCGGAGUUUGAGAGGAGGUCCUCCAGCAUUGCAGUUCUACGGAUGAAAGCCAAAGAGCACGCUGCAAACAUUUCCUGGGCUAUGUAAUACAGCAGUUCCCUCUCUUCAUUUUCCUAAUUUCUUUUUAUCUCUUUUUUUUUUUUUGUGUGGUGUUAUUUUUUUUUUUUUUGUUAAUAGCAAACUGAAAACAUUUUUAUUUCCCAUAUUUAAAGGACACAACAAUAAGCUGCUACGUGUGGAAUGCUAGAAAUCACGAUAUACACAAUGUCUGCUUAAACAAAUGCAAGAUAGUAUUUAACAAUAAACCAAUAAUAAACCAAAUAGAUCUACCAUGCAUCGAGCUCACAAAGCCCUCUUUGUUUUAUUUUGGUUGGUUGGUUGGUUUGUUUUGUAUAUAAAAAUAUGCUCUGUUGUACCAGUUGAUGAAAUAAAAUUAUAGAACCUGCAACAAAGAAUAAACCUAUUAAGCAAA